AUGGCCACUGAGAGACAUAGAAGAAACUCUAUUGCAUCUUUGAAAGAUACUAAUGGGUCAGUGGUUUCUCAACACUCUCAGAUGGAGGGAAUUAUCUGGAAUUGUUUUAAGAACAGAAUGGGAGUUUCUUCUGGUAUUGCCAUGGGUUUUGACCUCAGUAACUUGCUAAAACCAGUUGAUGGGUUGGAUUUUCUUACUGAGCCUUUCACAAAGGAGGAAAUGGAUGACACAGUCAAACAUAUGCCCAUUGACAAAGCUCCUGGACCUGAUGGUUUUAAUGGACUGUUCUUUAAAAAGUGCUGGCACAUUAUCUGUCAAGACUUUUAUGAGUUGGCUGAGUCUUUUAAUUCUGGAACUGCAAAUUUAGAAAAUAUUAAUGGCUCCUAUAUCACCUUGAUCCCUAAGAAGCUGGCUCCUGAAGAGGUUGGAGAUUAUAGGCCAAUUUCUUUGACAGGGAUGGGUCUUAAGUUUUUAUCUAAGAUGGCUGCUAAUAGGUUCCAGAAGAGCAUCAUGGCAUGCAUUCAUAAGAAUCAGUAUGGUUUUAUUAAGAGCAGGACUAUUCAGGGCUGUAUUGGUUGGUCUCUGGAGUAUUUGCAUCAAUGUCACCAAUCCAAGAGGCCUAUAAUAAUUCUUAAACUAGAUUUUGAAAAGGCUUUUGACUCGAUUGAACAUGAAGCUAUUUUGCAGAUCCUCAAGUUCAAAGGUUUCAAUCAGAAAUGGAUUUCCUGGGUCAAGCAGUUGCUCUCUACUGGGACAUCAUCUGUUCUUCUAAAUGGUGUGCCUGUUAGUGAUAAAAAUCAGAUUUUGGCUCUGAAAGACAUGUUGCAAGUGUUUUCCACAUCAACUGGGUUAGUUGUCAACUAUCACAAGUCUUCUAUGGUGCCCAUAAAUGUUGAUGAGGACUCUAUCAUUGGUUUGGCUGCUGCUUUUGGUUGUCAAGGGACUGACAUUUGUGGUUCCUUUUGGUGGAAGGAUAUCUGCAAGUUGUUGGAUCAUUACAGGAACACAACUUGGAUUCAAGUCAACUCUGGGAACUCUGCUCUGUUUUGGUCUGAUAAGUGGAAGAUUGGGGAUUCAGUUGCACCUUUGCAAUUAAGGUUCUCUAGGCUCUUCUUUUAUGUGAAAGAUCCAUGGAUCACAGUCUAUGAGGCGUUCCAGUCGCAGGACAUGAUUAAUAUGUUCCAUUUACCUGUAACUGCUCAGGCAUAUCAGGAGUUUUUGACUGUACAAGAUCUUAUGGUCUCCUGUAGUAGAGAAGUGGAGCAAAAGGACACUUGGUUCUGGCAGGGGACAUGUAAUGCAUUCAAGCCCAAGCUGUUCUACUCUUUCAUGCAUUCUAACAUGUCUUUUAACCCUCUUCUUCUCUGGAUAUGGAAAUCCUCCUGCACAAUGAAAAUCAAAGUGUUUGCCUGGAUGUUAAUCAUGGAUAGGCUCAAUACCAAGGAUAUGGUGGAAAGAAGACAUUGGCAUAUUGAUGAUGGGGUUAACUGCCUUCUUUGUCCCUUGAGGACUAGAGAGACCAGAAACCACCUGUUCUUUGAAUGUAACUUUAGUGUGAGAAUAUGGAACUAUCUGCAAAUUACAUGGUCACCUGGGGAUGACAUGUCUGCUAUUGUUAUGCAAGCUACCAGGAUUUUGCUCAGCCUUUUUUUUACUGAAGUUGUUUUUGUUGCUUGCUGGAACAUCUGGAUAAUCAGGAAUGCAAGAGUGUUCAGGCAUGAGAGGCAGAGUUUUAAUAAAUGGAGAAGUGCAUUUAUCCAUGAUAUUACACUCAUGCAGCACAGAGUCAAGGCUAGAUACAAGGAGGACCUGCUAAAGUGGAUUUCAUUCUUACCCCCUUGA